AGCCGGGAUUGGCUGGUUUCCAAGGUCAUAUGCUCUGGCGGAGGGGAGGGGGAACAACCGGGAUCGCUCGGUCCGGGGCAGGUGCUGGAGGAGCCAGGCCAUGGCCGAGCUGGCGCUGAGCCGGGAGCUGGACGAGCGGCUGCUCCACCUGCUGGGGGCGCUGGAGACGCUGCAGGGCAAGAGGGACGAAUUCAACCGCCGCGUGGAGCAGGGCUGGUUCUCGCUCUCUAAGUCCCGCUUUGCCAUGGGCUGCAAGUCGGUCUCUGCCCUGCAGUACGGGGCCCGCAUGGAGCCGCUGGUCCGGGUGUGCGCCAGCCAGGGGGAGAGUGGGCAGGUCGCCUUCCAGGUGAUCCCAGAAUGGGACCCGUCCACAGAGGCUGCUGAGGGGUCACCGGCCGUGGAGGAAAUCGGACCCCAAGACCAAGUCUUGCGGCAGCGAAAGGGCCCAGGGAAAACAGCGGCUCCUGGCCCCCCCCCGGGGGCAGCCCCCGAACCCGAUUCCCAGAGCGGGGCCUCGUCCCGGGACCCACUGACCUGGUUCGGGAUCCUGGUGCCCCAGAGCCUCCGGCAGGCUCAGAGCAGCUUCAAAGAGGGGAUUCUCCUGGCCGGGGAGAUCGCCAGCCUACAGAGCGACAUCGAGGCCACGCGGGCGCAGUAUCGGGCGCUGCUGGAGAGAAAGCGCCAGCUGCUGGCCAGAGAGGGGUAGCGCAGCCCCCCCCCCCGGGUGUAUUGUGACCUCCGACACCCACGUCAAUAAACUGGGAUCGCUGCC